AUGGCGAGUAUAAACUCUGCCGUCAGUGAAGAGUCAUUGUUUCAAUGGAACCAUCAAUCUUGGACAAUACAUUUCCUGCAAGGAAUAAGGUACUUUACAACUGUUGAAACAUGUAAUGGAGCAGGAUUAUGUUCCACUGCGACAUCAAACGGGGUCAUCAUUGAUAACUCUCUUCCUGUCCCUGGUUUAGUUAUUGUCGGGUCGCCGGAAAAACAUUCAAGAUACAUAUCCGAUAAACACACAAUACAUUCAUCUUGGAUUGGGUUUCAAGAUCCACAUUCCAGUAUAGACCAUUUUAAUGUGUGUAUUGGAGAAUAUUCAAUUCAUUUAUCACAGAAAAAUUUGCUGCGGCAAGGGGAUAUAUAUACCGUUAAAAUAACGUCAUGCAACGCGGCAUCAAUAUGCAUAACAACAAUGAGUAAUGAGUUUUUAGUUGACACAACACCACCACAAAUAGGUGGAUUUAGAUCACCAAUGGAAUAUGUAAUAGAAAAAGAUACUGAGACACUCAAUUUAAAUCUCUGCUGGUAUGGAUUUGUUGACGUAGAGUCGGACAUAAUGUCAUAUUAUGUUACAGUUGGUCAUACUUAUAGCGAAUCACAACUUGUAGACAGCUACAAAAUUACACCAAAUACAACCAACGCGUUACAACAAGAACAGAUAAUUACAAACAUAUCAAGUUCAAUGCCGGAGAAUCUAGUUUUAACUAUAUGGGCAGAGAAUAAUGCUGAACUAUUGACUGCCGAAGCUAAGGCGUGCGACAAUGAUGUAGAUUAUGUGACACUAGAUGAGACUGUAACAGCAUGUUGGCAGGGAGUGUUUUCUGAUGAUGAAAGCAGAAUAGAAAAGUUUAUGGUUUCACUUGGAACCUUGCCAUCUGUGGAUGACAUUGUACAAAUGAAAGAAGUCGGUCAAUCAACAUAUACUAAAUGGGAAAAUGUUAAAUUAGAACAAGGAACUAGAUAUUAUGCAACAGUUCGUGCUAUUAACUACAUAGGACUUCAAUCAGAGGUUAGUUCAGAUGGUUUUAUUAUUGAUACCAUUCCGCCACCGACUGGAAUAUUGGAAGCAUAG